ACACACUACACCAGCUCCACAAUACUUCACCCGCCACGUCGCGCAUCUGACCAUCAUCGUUCUGCAUCUCGUUUCCCACUCCUGACUCCCGCCAUGCGCCUCGCGCGCACGCCGAUACCGCCCCCCGCCCCGGCCGAACAGCAGCCGGAAGCGCCCAGCCAUAUCAUCGUGCGACACCCUCAUUACGACUCCUCCCACAACGUGCUAUUACGCCUGCUCGCUGUCGAUACACAGGGCGGGGCAGGGGGCCACGGUCUAUGCGCGCAGUUCGUGCUCGACGCGUGCGCCGUUGUUGCCGGCAACCGCUGGGAUGGCUGGCUGUCCGAGACUGCCGACGCGACAGCAGCAGCCGUCGACGCCUCGAGCAUAUUGGCGAAGCCCAGCUAUUACUUCCAUCUCGCUGGAGAGCGCCCAUACGCGAUAGUCCCGAGCUUCCGCGAGUGGAGGUUCCCCCACGGUGACCUGCCCAUUCACUGGACCACCGCCAUCCCCGCCGACGACCGCCCCACGCACCGAUCAUGCACCUGCUCAGCCACAGUCUGCUCUCUCAGCUCUGUCUCUGGUUAUACAUAUACAUUUUCACCACCCUGCCCAUGAACCAAAAACACCAAUGCAGCCCCAGUCCAAGCCAUGCUAGUCCAGCCCAUGCCGGCCCAGCCUA